UCACACGUUUCCUUGCUUUUCGCUAUUUAAUUUUGUCCGCUUCCAAUUCCGUCGCGACUUUCUCCUUCCCUCCUCGCUCUCCCGCGAAGCGCCUGACCCGAUCUCGCUGCGUCUCCGCCGGCGAUCUCUAGCCGCCUUGCGCCCAUCGCCGACUCUUCCCUGCUUCGAUCGGUGUGGUGUGCUUGCUCUUUUCUUUUUUAUCUUGUACUGUUUCGAGGAGUUCUCGGGAGGCGUUGAGGAUAUCGAAGGGCGGUUCUUUCUCCUGGCGUUCUGGACGUGAAGGACUUUGUUGUUAGUACGAGAUUGUAUGGCUGACGACCGGUGUUGAAGCGAUCUCCGUUGUUGCCUUGGUGUUAAAAACUGCCUUAGGGCUGGCCCCGAAGUAGGAAGCAAGAAGCGCAUUUCUCUCUGUUCGCGUUAUGCUAAUGGAUUCUGAAGCUCUCAAAGCUCGCUCCUUUGAGAAAAUUGGAGCUUCUGAAUCAGAUGAAAUGGAGAUUAUCGAGAUGGGGUCUUUAAUUAAGGUGGGGGAAGUGGCCAACACUGGGCGGGAAGUUUGCGAUGAUUACUGCACCCAAGGUUGUGAUGGUGCAGUCGUUGAAUUCGUUGAUGGAAUGGAAGUUUGCCCUGCAACCCCUUCUUCUGAGAGGGACAGUAUGGAUCUUUCAUGUUCUGAUCAAUCUGAGGAACGUGAGGCCAUUUCCCGUGCCCGAACCCCGUUAAAAAGCAUAUUUGAUCCAUUUGCUCCUGCGCCGGAAGAACUAGUCGUUGCUCCCGUGAAGAGAACUCUGAAGAGUAUGCAAAUUCCUCAUUUGAGGAAGCUGAAGCUUUAUGAUUGCGGCGAUUACACUCAAAUAGAAUGCCAUGCUCCUGAAGAAGACCAGCUUUCGGAGUUGCUUUGUCAAUCAUUCUUUGAACUAAUUGUUUCAAGACAGUUGCAGGAGAUAUCUGCACGCAAGUUGUUGGAUCAAGAUCAUCAACAGGAACAUUCCAAAUAUGCUAAUACACCACUGUCAUUAUGUUUACUCACAGGAAUUGCGGAAACAUGCCCGCCUGCCCCGAAGAGAGAACCAGCAGAAUCAACAAAAUUAGAUCCUGGAGUAUGCAGACAGCUCGACUUCCUUGAUAACAUGGCUGGAUAACAGAGCUUUGUAUAAUAUCACAAACUUAUUUAAUAGUUAGUGUUCAUAAUCCUAGCUACAUAGAUAAGCUGUGCUCUAUCCUGUUCAGGCUGAUGCAGGGUUUAAUAGCGUCUAGAACAUUUUGAGUUGUGGAUUGCUCAUGCUUGCUCAAUCAACCUGUUUUGUCUAGCCCUGUUGGUUAUAUCAUUGAUAUUGAUAUUAGGAAAGUUAUUAGAUAGCUACAUGAUUUUAGUCAGUCAGGAAGGGCAUGUAUUCUUAUUGCUAAAUUAGCUAAAGGUGGUAUCAUUAUGUUUUCUUCCGAGUUUCUUUUGGUUGUGAAUCAGUCAGGAAGGGCAUGUAUUCUUAUUGCUAAAUUAGCUAAAGGUGGUAUCAUUAUGUUUU